ACGAGAAAAUAGGCUUUUAAAAAGUUAAGCUCAGAAUUAUUUUAUGAAACUUUGACAGAAUCAAGAUGGCUGCGCCCUUGGAACAAUUUCUAGCUAAAAGAUUUCUCCGAAUAUCUCAUGAAGUUGGAGUUAAUUCGCCAAAACCAUUUCAUUUUCGUAAGCAUGGUUUUAUUUGGAAGCCAUUGUACAGUAAAAACUGUGAAUUGAUGGCUAGAAACUGCGAAAGACAUGUAUGUUAUCCACCUCCGCUGUUCCCACCGGAAAUUGGUCAAUCGUCUAGCCGAAACUUUCGGGGAAGUGUUCGGCGAGUCACCGCUGCCUUUUGUACGGCCUCGCAUUUCCAAAAUCUCCAAGCACGGGGUCGUCGAUCUUUUGAUUAUUCUCAGGGGAAAAGUAACGGAAACUGCUCAUUGGCACUUGGAAUAGGAGGUUUUGCCCUGUGCUCUGCCAGUUUAUUGUUCAGCUUUUGGAAGGAAGACAAAAAAGAGACAAUAGAAAUGAUGAUUGCAAGAGCAGUGAUAGCAGAGAGGGAGAAUAGAUUGGGAGAUGCAGACAAGUUCUACCAUCAGGCGACUGUUAUGUGUGAGAAGGAGAAGAACUCACAAGCUUUACUCUAUACAUAUGAUCAGAUGGCUAACUUCAACAUGAGGCAUGGUCGGUUGAUGAAGGCGGAGAAUCUCUUCAAGGAGACACUGAAGCUCCUGUUGAGCUCAGGGAUCCAGCAGGAAGAUCCAGGAGUAGUGGAGAUCUCCUUGAAGCUCUCAAGGAUCUAUGAACGCAUGGGAAGAAGAAAUGAUGAAGCAGAUGUAGGAUUCAAAUGGUGCAUCGACACAUCAGAGAAACUACUCAAAGACACACCUGAUGAUUCCUCAGUAGAAUGUCAUGACAAGAUAAUGAACCUGAAAUCCUUGUUAGGUAUGUGUCUGGACGCCUACGCUCGGUUUCUUGGUGCAACCAACAGAUUAGCUGAUGCAGAGAGGUUGUAUAAGAGGGCCCUAGAGAUAUGUGAAAGUGACCUUCAGGUGGAUGGCUCUCCACAUCCCCAGACAGUUGUCUUGCUGAAUGACUUGGGGACAAUCUGUGAUAUGAGAGGGAACAGGGACGAUGCAAUUGAGCAUGUUCAACGAGCAGUAGAGUUGGCCGAGAAGUCAUCCCCAGCAGUAUUACCCACCAUCCUUUGUAAUCUCGCCUCUAUCAAGAUGCAUAAAGGUUUGAAAGAUGAAGCCAGAACCAUCUACAAGAGAGCAUUGAAGCUCGCAGAGAAAGAAGGUGACCGAGAAGCAGUACUUAUCAUCAGAGCUAACCUCCAGAAAGUUUUAUGAUAGCGUCCAGUUACUCAUUGGUAUUACCUGGAAUAAAAGACUUCAUCUUAUCACAACACCCACAAGGAAGAUACAAAACUUUGGUUUGAUAAAGAAUUUGGUCUAGUUCUCCAUAUCGAGGCACUUAUUUUUCAUCUAUUGCUGCAUACCUUAGUGCUUUGCCCUGUAAACUUGACAGCAUUGAACUCUUUAAAUUGUGCCUCAAAACGCACUUAUUUCAUCAGAUCAGGGACCUGUUGCAGAAAGAGUUGCGUUAAAACGCAAGUCAAAAUAUCAAGCGCAAGUCCCGAUUACGGGUGCUUCAUUGGC